AUGUCCACCCAAGAAGGCAAAAGUAAUCAUCAGAAACCCAUUUAUUCCUAUAAUGCUUUAAUAGUGAUGGCCAUAAGAAGUUCUUCUGCAGGUUUGCUAAGCCUCAACGAGAUCUACGAGUUCAUCAUGAACAAAUUUCCGUAUUACCGUGAAGUGGCAAAGAAACAAUCGUGGCAAAACUCUAUUCGUCACAAUCUGAGUACCAGCGAACAUUUCAUGAAAGUUCCGAGACCAUUUACCCAAGCUGGCAAAGGAAAUUUGUGGGCUCUCCACCCAUCAGCUCAUCAUCUCUCUAUUGGUGAAAGUACGGGAAAACUUAGGAAAAGUUCUACUAUCACCAGUCAACAUCCGUAUCAACAUCCGCAACACCUGAUUCAGCAUCAUCAUCAGAAUCUUCAUCAGCAUCAGCAAUAUUCAAUACCGACUCCAAAUGUACAAUAUCAGCAUUAUCAGCAAUAUCUCUAUCAGCAGGAAAUGCAGCAGCUGCAGUUACAACAUCAAAGUGACGAAAAUAGCGACGAAGAAAGAUUACGGAGAAGAAAAGUUUAUAAAGAGACGCAUGCCCAUCCCGAUACAAUGGAUAAUAAAACUUUUACCAACUUCAUAGGGAAUGAGCUUAUAAGAAAAUUCAAAUCAUUUGAUGCAAUAUUAGUUAAAGAAGGAUUGAACAAUGAAUUCCUUAUACUUUAUCAAAUGUGGAAUUAUUUCGGAAAGCCUGAUAAGGAAGACAAUGCCGUAGAGACAGUUAACAUGGAAGUUAUGGAGUGUGAAAAGGAAGAACAUUCCAGUGAAUUGGAAGAGGCCAGUACUAGAUCAGAAGCGUUAGUUGAAUUAAAAGAGCCCGGUCCAUCAAAAAAUAUACAAAGUGAUGCCAAACUUUCCAAAAUCACUGGGGAUUGUGAAAAUUCAGAUCCCUUUAGUAUAUUUAUUCAUACUCCAGGAGGCAGACCAAAACCAAAAACUAGGCCUUUACAUUUGGAAAAUAUCAAUGUUGAUGAAAGUAUUAGCAUUAAUCCAUUAGAUCCUGUGAAAGAAUCUGCGAAUUCAACUGAUAUUGCAAGUAAUAAUUUUGGAAAUAUAAAAUUGCCUCAAACUUUGAAGACACCUUCAAUAGAUAAUAAUAUUACUGAAGCAGCUACUUCAUUAUUACCAUCAACAAGUAAAAGAUGUAUCAGUGAUUUCCUUACGAUGCCAGACAAACCCCAGCGAAAGAACAAGCGCGAUGUAGAGCGCGUUUCGUUUGCCAUAACUUCUAGAUCUUACCAAGAAAAUUUUGAAGCCAAACGCGCGCUUAAAUUAAAAGAGGAGAAUGAGAAAUUGGAGAGGAAACGAUUAAGAGAAGAAAAGGCUGCAGCCAAAGCCAAUUUGGAAACUAAAAGAGUUCGUAAGUCAGCUGAUGGUAUAACUAAUGGCAAUUGUUUUGUACGUACAAAACAACUAUAUAAAAAUAGCCAUUACUUUAAAUGUGAUAGUUGCAAAAAAUAUAUCCAUCGUCACUGCGUUUCCAAGAAACACAAAAACCACGUUCCCGACUUAGAAGAUGAUGAUCUGUUCAUGUGUCACAUUUGUUACAAGGAGGAAAGCGAUGAUGGAGCCGAUAGUGAAGAUUUUGAUGAGAAUGAAGAGGAAGAUAGCUUGGAAAUAGAUCAAAACAAAAACGACAAUGAUUUAAAUGAUAAAAAUUCAGACAAAAAGAAGAAAACUGAUGAAAGUGAGGAGGAAGAAAUGGAUGAAUUAUUCUCUUUGUAUAAAGAUGAAUGUGCCAAAUAUUAA